AUGCCUGUCAAUGCCCAUCAGUGCCACCUACCAGUGCCUCCUCAUCAGUGCCCAUCAGUGCCACCUAUCACUGUUCAACAGUGUCCAUCAGUGCAGAUCACUGCAGCCUCAUUAGCGCACAUCAGUGAAGGAGAAAAAUCACCUAUUUACAAAAUUUUAUAACAAAAACUAAGAAAAACUUUUUUUUUUUAAAUUUUCAGUGGUUUUUGGUUUGUUUAGCAAAAAAUAAAAAACCCAGAGGUGAUUAA